AUGGAGAAAGACCAGCAGACUCCCGGUGACAAGCCAGCCGAUCCGCCCGUUCAGUCGGUCCUCCACGAGGUGCGGACCGCCGAAAACAGCGCGGCCCAUUUACUGCCCAAGCUGCAGUCCAUGAAGGAAUCGAACCCGAAUUUGAAGCUCUUAGACGUUGGCUCGGGUUCAGGCACCAUCUCUGUGAGUUUCGCCAAGCUUAUCCCCGACGGCCACGUUAUUGGCAUCGACGUGAACCCCAAGAUCCUGCCACGGGCGCAGGCUGUGGCCGAAAUGGCAGGGGUCAAAAACAUCGAGUUUCAGCAGGGCAGUGUCUAUGAGCUCCCGUUUGCCGAUGAGACAUUCGACGUCACCUUUUGUCAUCAGGUGCUGGUCCACAUUGGCAACCCCUGGGACGCGCUGCGUGAAAUGCUCCGAGUAACCAAGCGAGGCGGCGUCGUCGCCGCGCGCGAGGGCGAUUACGAGACGGAGUGUGUCUGGCCCGAAGUCCCCGAGCUGCGCAGGUUCCAUAAGCUUGUCGCAGACAUUAUGAGUGCUGGCGGCGGUAGUCCGACUGCUGGCCGACAGCUGGUUUCUUGGGCACUCAAAGCUGGGGCCGAGCGGAGCCAGAUCACGCUCAGCUACAGUUCAUGGUCGUACAAUACGCCGAGCGAAAGGAAUAUCUGCGCCCAGGGAUUGUGUGGUCCGCUCAGAGGGGGUUCUUUGCGUGAGCGAGCCCUGAAAUUCGGCCUUGGUGCUGAGGACGAUUUUGAAGUAAUGGCCAAGGCCUGGGAGGAGUGGGCAAUCACGGAGGAUGCAAGCUUGGCCAUGGUUCAUGGAGAAAUCCUCGUUCAGAAGUUACCUUGA